AUAAGGCCAAACUGAAAAAAUACUAGUAUAAAAAAUAUGAAUAACCGAAUCCAGUUGCCUAAAGCCAAAGUGGCUCCUCAACUUAGGACUUAGGAGUAAUCCUCACAAGACAGUGACCGAUCCCCCACCAGAGUUCCAUUUUAACUCUCUCAAUCAAUCCAAUGUCACACCUUCCAAUUUCUUCCACAACCCACAAUAAAUAAGCAUCCAAAAUCACACCUUUCCCUUCCAAAAUCUUCUUAGAAGCUUUUCUCCACCAACAAAUUCAACUAAUUUUCCCUCAGUUUUUCAAACCCCCACGCGGUAGAAGAAAUGUGCUGCAGCCACAGUUAUGGCUUCUUGACCUCAAAAACCGAACCUUUGGCAGCCUUAUUCACCACCGUUCCCGCGUUAUCUUCACAAAAUCGGCCCGACCCAGUUGCUAAAGUUUCAUUUCCUGUCAAUCCCACGCCUCCACAAGGUUUGAAGACCCGGGUCGGUUACCGGGUCGGGUCCGGAAACGGAUCUGUGUUCACCAGAGCUGCUGUCCAGGAUGUUGUUUCAGUGGCGGAGGAGAGCUGUUUUUAUGAUCUUUUGGGUAUACCGAAGACGGGUACACAGUUAGAGAUUAAGCAGGCUUAUAAACAGCUAGCUAGGAAGUACCACCCGGAUGUGUCGCCGCCGGAUCGGGUGGAGGAGUAUACUCAGAGGUUUCUUCGGGUUCAGGAGGCUUAUGAAAUCUUGUCCGACCCUAAUCGAAGGGCCCUUUAUGAUAGAGAUAUGGCUAAGGGCCUCCACUUUGCUCGCCGGCGGUACCAGAAUUAUGACGAGGACAUGGAAGACAAGAGUCAGUGGAAGAGCCGAUGGCAAAACCAAGUUUCAGAAUUGAAAAGAAGAAGCAAUUACAAAGAUUCCGGCAACAUGUCUUGGGGGGCACGAAUGCGCCGGCAACAGAAUGAGUCAUCUUCUUAGUCCAUGCCAAUGUCUUCUUCUUCUUUUUUUUUUUUUUUGGUCUAAAGUUGAAUGUAUAUAGUUUUCCUCUUUUUGGAAUAGGGAACAUCUGGUUCAUGGUUGCAUUUUCGUGACAGCAGAAGAAUACUGUCGCUUAGCUUAUCAUGCAUUUUUAGAUAUGAUCCUGAGAUGUCUGCAUGCCAUAAUCACAUGCGCCGCUAGUAAAUACUACUCUUUGCAUUAUGUACAUAAGAAUGAGCAUCAAGAACUUUCUGGACAUUAACUAUAACCCUAGUUUGCUCGUGUUAUGGUGUGUUUUCCAUUCAGUUCCACUUACAUUGAUUGACUAUCUGAACUGCUUAUUUUAGCUUCUAUACGAAGUUGUCACCUAACAAAGCACUUGCCACUCUGCCUCAGUUGGAUUCCAAUGCUCGAUUAGGUCAACCAUGUACCUUUAUGAGUUUUGUGUUGCUGGUUUAUUUACUUUAAUCAAAUGAGGUUCACUUGUUAUAUAGUUUGUUGCUGCUACCUUUGUUACCAGUUUCUCAAACCUUUACGUGUUCAUAUGUUCAAACUCUCCCCAGUUCCAUAUUGCCUUCGUCUAUCUUCAUCUCAGUUCUUCCUUUGCCCCGAGCUGCACUACACAUUCGACUUGGAUUUAGGAAACGUCGUCGAGGAACCUUCUUUCUUGUCCUUUGUGGUAAUGAUGCAGUGCAGAACACGGAAUCUAACUACCAGAAUGGUGCAGGACACGGAAUUUAACCACCAAGAAUAACCAAAAUGUAGUAUCGUACAGGACUAUUUUUUUGUUAUAAAAUUUGUCUUUCUUGUCGGCCUGAAAAGGCUUACAGUAUGGCACUCCCUCUUCUUACGGUGACAAUUUGAAGACAAAACCCUUUUCUCUAAGGCUAAAGAAGCUUACAAAAAAUGGUACUUAAAAAGUCCCGACCUACCGUAGCGAGAUUUUUCUUUGGACAAAAGAAACUUCAUUUUUUUGUAAAACGAUGAUUAUUUAGACGGUUGAAUACCUUCUUCUUACCGUGGUUUGUAGCCUAUUACAGUGGCGUGGGUUUCUCAUGUUACGAAAAAAAAUAAAUACACUCGACAGCCACUAGAACUUAGUCCCGUA